CAUGUCAAGACUUACGUACUUUUUCAUUUUUGGAAAAAUAGGUUAUAGAAAGUAUAGAAUGUUGUCUUUUUUGUUCUUAAGUGCUCGUCGCUUUCUUCUAUUUUUGUCAUUAUAAAAAAGAACGCUGACCACAGAAGAAAAGAUAUUUACACUUGAAGAGUUCAAAUCUUUUUUUGAGCUUGAUUUUUACUACUAUAAUUACUGUAUAAGUCGAGCUGGUUUGCUGACUCUUAUUCAAAGAGAGGUGCCAUUUUACUGAUACGAUAUACUUCGUAUUAUGGACAAUAAUUACAUGAAUAUUGCUUUUUUAAUGAUCCAGGUUGUCUUAUACUUAUAGCAUGAAUUCUACUAACUCUUUUUGAUUCCGUAUUCCAAAAAGCAAUUGUUUGUUUACACAAGUGGAAGCAAAAAUCCGCCGUCGUAUUUGUUUACAAGUGGAAGCAAGGCAUAUAAAAAAAAACAGAAGACUACAAUCUUCACCGGUCCACGUCACUCGACAAAGAUGAAGUUGUCAUUUAAGAAUUUAGGAUUGUCAAUCGGACUCGUGUCGGGUGUUGUGUCCCCGGUCCUUGCACUGGGUGCUGAAGACUGGAAAAAGCAAUCUAUAUACUCUGUUUUAACCGAUCGGUUUGCUACAAGUAACGUGGUCCCCCGUUGCAACAUUCGUUUGCAAGAGUACUGUGGAGGAGAUUGGAGUGGAAUUCAAGAUCAUCUUGACUAUAUCCAGGAAUUAGGCUUCACUGCUCUUUUAAUUUCUCCAGUCGUAGAGCAGGUUGCGAAUUCUGAGCAAUCUAAUCUAGGUAAAAGCUACUAUGGAUAUUCAUAUCAUCUCAAUCCCCAUUUUGGUACCGAAAAAGAGUUAAGAGAGCUUUCUAAUGCACUUCAUAUGCGUGGCAUGUACUUGAUGGUUGAUGUAGUAAUUAAUCAUAUGGAUCUUCAAAGGAUAGAUGAAAUUGCUGACGACGAAUAUGAUUCUUUGGAUGAAGAAGAUUAUGACGAUGAGACUUGUCUAGUACUCGAGGAUGAAGAAACAAAUGACGAGGACGACUGGGCUCCUUGCGAACAAUGCAACCCUCCAGACCACAGUAUAGACUUGAUUUCCCUAAAAGAAAAUUUAAAGGAAUAUAUACGUUCAUUUGUGAAAGCCUUCAAGGUCGACGGUAUUCGUAUUGCUUCAGCAAAAGACUAUCCCAAAGACUUUAUACCCACGUUUUGUGAGGCAGCUGGUGUAUUUUGUAUGGCAGAAUCAUUUUCGCAGGAUGCAAUUGAAAUUUGCGAUGGGCAAAACUCGAUUGAAGGAUUGAUGAAUUAUCCAGUUCAGAAUGCAGCCAGAAAGGCUUUUCUAUCUAGCAACCUCAAUGGAAUGGUUGAUUUAUCUGAGGCAAUGACAGAUAUUCGCGGUCUUUGUCGUGACCCUCUAUCUUUGGGAAAUUCUGUUGAGAGUCCUGACUUAUCAAGAAUGGCGUCCGUCUCUAGUGAUCCUGCUGCUCUUAAGAACGCAAUUGCCUUCCUUCUUAUGGGCGAUGGCAUUCCUAUCAUGUAUUAUGGUCAAGAGCUUGCGCUGAGAGGCGUUACUGAGCCUUAUAAUCGGCCAGUUUUUUGGGAAAAAGGCUUCCCUAAAAAAAAUCCAUAUUACUAUUUUACCUCCGUUGUCAACAAUUUUCGUAAUGCUAUGUUAAAUAGUGACAAUGGAGAAACAUUUUUGUCUGCUCAAUCCGAUAUUAGCCUUGUUGAUAGCAGAGUAAUGUUGCUUCAGCGCGGAGACGUUAUCACGGUACUUAACAAUUUGGGCUCAUUUUAUAUUCGCUUUCACUAUACUGUCUCUGCUCUCGAGCAUAAAUGGAUUGAUAUUAUUACUUGCAAGUCUGUUCCCGUGGAAGACGAUCGUCAAGUUUUUAUAAUCCACAACGGCGAUCCUAUGAUUCUGUACCCGGAAUAUAAAACUUACGAGCUUGGCAUCUGUCCUUCUCCCAGCAUUCCUACUGAAGACAGAUUUUUUAAGGAUAUCGAUACUUCGUUUGCUACUCCAGUUUCAGGUCCCUCUACGUCUUUUUCUUCAACUUCUUUAGAUGCAGAGAGUGCUCAAGCCUCAAAAGCACCAGGACCAAAGCCAAGUACAAACAGUAUAAUUGCUGCAUUGUUUGUUUCUUUGAUAAUGAUUUUGUGAGCGAAACCUUGUUUAGUUAUCCUGUGAUCUAUAGAUGUUUACUUUUUGCAUAGUGUUCUAAUAUGAAUUAAUGAUUAUCUCAUGUAACUAGAAAGCUGUUCAGGUAUUU